AGGGAGGGGGCACCCAGCGCGAGACCCAGGGACAGCUCGAGAGGGACGGAGUCAGCGCGAGAUUCCGUGGCCAGCGCGAGGCAGAGGUGCGGACCUGAGGCAACCCAAGUGUUCCCCCCGGUCUCGAGCUUUGCCCAGCUAUAUGAAAUAUGGGAGACGACAGGCCGUUUGUGUGCAAUGCCCCCGGCUGUGGACAGAGGUUUACAAACGAGGACCACCUGGCGGUUCAUAAACACAAGCAUGAGAUGACAUUGAAAUUUGGUCCUUCUAGAACCGAUUCAGUCAUCAUAGCAGAUCAGACUCCAACUCCAACCCGUUUUUUGAAGAACUGUGAGGAGGUGGGGCUCUUCAAUGAAUUGGCCAGUUCCUUUGAGCACGAAUUUAAGAAAGCCACAGAGGAUGAUGAGAAAAAGAAUGCUGGACCUCUGGACAUGUCUCUGCCCUCAACCCCAGACAUCAAAAUAAAAGAGGAGGAGCCAGUUGAGGUGGAUUCUUCCCCUCCAGACAGUCCUGUAUCCAGUCCUCAAUCCCCACAGAUCACAGAGAAGGAGAUCACUUCAAAGCCUGUUAUAAUUUCUACUCCUACUCCAACCAUCAUGCGUCCAGGGUCACUGCCACUACAUUUGGGAUAUGACCCGCUACAACCCACUCUUCCCUCCCCUACCUCUGUCAUCACCCAGGCUCCACCUUCCAACAGACAGCUUGGGUCUCCUACAGGCUCCCUCCCACUUGUCAUGCACCUUGCGAAUGGACAGACCAUGCCUGUCCUCCCUGGCCCUCCUGUACAGAUGCCUUCUGUUAUAUCGCUGGCUAGGCCAGUGUCCAUGGUGCCCAACAUUCCUGGUAUUCCUGGUCCACCCAUCAACAGCAGUGGUUCCAUUUCACCAUCAGGCCUUCCAGUGCACUCUGAGGCUAAAAUGAGACUGAAGGCCAGCCUGACGCACCAGGUUUCUUCCUCACUGAAUGGCAGCAGCAUGGUUGUGGGGUCAGCAAGCACGAUGGUGACCUCACGUCCAGAGCAGGGUCAGAUACUUCUCCAGCACCCAGAUGCACCUUCUCCCGCUCAGCCACAGGUUUCCCCUGCUCAGCCCACGCCCAGCACCGGUGGCCGGCGGAGACGCACGAUGGAUGAAGACCCGGAUGAGCGCAGGCAACGUUUCCUGGAGCGGAACCGCGCUGCAGCCUCUCGUUGCCGUCAGAAACGCAAGCUGUGGGUAUCUUCCCUGGAAAAGAAAGCAGAGGAGCUCACGACACAGAACAUCCAGCUGAGUAAUGAAGUUACACUACUGAGGAAUGAAGUUGCUCAACUUAAACAGCUACUGUUGGCUCACAAGGACUGCCCAGUCACUGCACUACAGAAAAAAACACAGGGGUAUCUUGAAAGCCCAAAGGAGAGCUCUGAGCCCACCGGUUCCCCUGCUCCUGUCAUCCAGCACAGCUCCGUGACAGCAUCCCCCAACGAGCUCAACGUGCGCUCUGCAGCUGAAGCUGUUGCCACUUCGGUCCUCACUCAGAUGGCAAGCCAAAGGACAGAACUGAGCAUGCCCGUACAGUGGCACGUCAUUAUGGCUCCACAGUCUCAGUCUGCUGGCAGAUGAUGUCACAAACCACGUGACAGAGAACUAACCCAUAAGAACUUGCAGACCGAGAGACUGAUCAUAACUAAGUCCCUGCUUAAUGGGGGCAGAUACAGAUUUUUUUUUUUUAAAGUGAGUUAAGGGCAGCUAUGGAAGCUUCUUUAUACUGCAUAUCCUAUACAGAGCCUGGCCCAAAACCUUUGUGACGUGAUCACCUGUCCGUACAGGAUGGCUUCCGAUUGAGGGAUUUCUUGAUCCCUUAGUGAUGGUCAGUCAACUUACAGAAUCAUCAGAUCACAAAGAGCCUCAUUUUGAAUGCAUCUUGAAAGGUUCAUUUUCAGGUAUCAGUUACGUUAACACUAAACCUCCCCUGGCUUGUGGUUUCUCUUGGCAUUAUCGCUAUUUUAAGUUUCACCUGUUAGCAAAGGAAAGUAGCUGUUGGGAGGCUGUGACAUUUACUGGUGCUGUCACUUUAUUUUUAACAGCAUGCUGCUUCCAAUCAUCUGUUUCCCCACCACUGCUCUAGCUGACCUGCAACGUUGCACCUUGGCAUAAGAAUAUUGUCUGAGUUUUCCACUUGGGCUAUUGAGGUUAAAAAGGCUUAGGAUAAUGGGCUUCCUAACUCCAUGGGUUUAACUUCCCUGAUACCAAAGCUUUUUGGUUCCAAAGCAAGCCUGGCACCUCUGAUUCACCUGCAAUUAACCAUCAUUAACUGCUGUAACUUGUGGGGUUUUUAAGUAUGUGUUCGCAGUCACUGGUGCAGCCGUAGGAACUGUGGACGUUUCAUGUGCUUCUCUCUUAAUUGACACCAUAGCUGCUAAUGAUGCAGGUACCUUCUUCAGAAAAGGGCCUGCUUAUAAAUCUUCUGUACAACAGUAAAGCAGAACCAAGCUGCUGUCUGCCAGGACUGCGUGCAAAGCUGUUCUGUGUGAUGCGUGAAAGGAUGAGCUGGGGCAGAUUGGAUAUAAUGCAAGUCCUAGAAUUAACCGGCUAUGAAAUCCACUACCCAUCUCAAUAAGUCAUGAAUUUAAACAAACGAACCCCACACAUGUCAAAGGAUUGUUUCCCAUACAUUUAACCUGAUGAUCUUAUAAAGUGGUGGCCUUGAACAAAGGGAGGUGGAAGCAUAUCCCACUCGCCUGGCCUUUUACCUCCUUUAAUGGUUUUCUUCUGCUCCUAGUAGUGGUAUAUGUAUUGCUUUUCCUCAAGAGUAAAUGUAGUACUUUUAGAGCUUCCAGGUUCAUGGGGUAGACUUAAAACCAGCCUUGACAUUUUAAAGGCACUUGGAAUUGUCUGCUUAUUGCCAAAGUGAGUGUGCGUGUGUGUGUGUGCGCGUGCGUGUACUUUCUUUAGGUUGUCAUUGACCUUUUGCUUGCUGGGUAAUAGUUGUGGUUUUGAAUUUGUAUUUUGGGAGCCGGAAAGGUAUGCUGUGUGAAUUUGUGCUACAGCAAACCCACCAGUCUGUGAAACUCUCAGCACUUCAUCUUUCUUUCCUUCUUUAAAGACACUUUUCCUUCCGUUGAGCUCUUUGACAUCUUCACCCUGAGCUGCCAGACCACCUCAAAUUGCACUUGCCACUUUUGACCCAAGUUAGUUUGGCUGAGUCAGUAGUUUGGUUUAUCUAGACUUGGAAUAUUUGCCAGGGACAGCAAUACCCAAAGCAAAAUCUGAGCAUGUAGAAUUUGACCCCCCCAGAUACAGGGAAGUUCCAUUUAUUGCUUUUCUAAUUAGGGGGUCUCUUCUCCCCCUUUUCUCCCUCAUGUUUCUUCAGGCCUCCCUGCCAUAUUCUCUAAUGUAUUUCAUGGUCCUAGUUGUCUCUUAAUACACUGCCACUGUAUGUUUGUCUCACACUGUCUCACACAUGCUCACACACAAUUAUUCCUGAGAUUUUGUGUCCCUUUGCCCUCUGUUUCUUUGCCCUCUUAAUAUUCAAAGACACUGGAGCUAGUAGCUCUUGCAUCUCUGUUCAGAACCUGUGUGUAGUUACUGCAAGAGGCAUUCCAGAUAAGGCACUUCAUUUUUUUUUUUUUGUUUGUUUUUUCUUAAAGCUGUUUCUAUAGAGAAUUUGCAUAUAGGAAAGUGCUUUGAGUAUAACUAUCCCAACAGGGUGUCUGUUUCCUUGAUGACAAAGAGCUAUACCAUCAGCAGGGUUUUCAGGAUCGUGUGAGGAUAAUGCAACAGCCGCGGAAAUGGUUUAUAAAGUCUAAUGGCCUGAUUGGACAAGACACAGGGCCUUUAUUUGGCUAAGAAUCCAAGACAGAAAGGGAUCGUGGCCAUUUUGUCAGAGGUCUAAUACGACAGCAGGGAAUCUGUUUGUAAGUAUAACUAGUUUAGUCUCUUGCAGACACCGCACUGUCUUGUAAAGGAAUAGCUUGCAUAGCUCUGACGGAUUCAUUAGAGUAGCUGGAUUCAUAUGUGUGGCUCAAGAGGCCCAAACAGCUUCUACAUGAUAACUGAUCAUACUCCACUUCCAGCCUGCAGGCUAACAUUAGUGUCUGAAAGCUAGUGGAUGUUUAGCAAGAGGUAGGGGAAGCCCAUUUUAACACCAGCACCAGUGCAUGUUGAGACAGCACCGCUGGGUAAAUACUGCCUAUUGAUAGCCUUAACACAUGCAUAAAGCAGCCUUCAAAUACCUUCCAUUGUUAAGAGACUGGCAGCUCAAGGAUACAGCAGCACAAUAGACUGUACAGAAGGGGAUGGGGUGGUAAAUACAGUGCAAGUUGGACAAGUGUGAAAAGGCUUUAACCGAAAGUAAAUUUGCUUUGGUGCUCGCAAACCUUAUUAAUUUCCAUGGAUACUUGUACAAGGGACCAUUUUUUUGGUCCGAGGAAAGCAACACGCAUGUGCACGUAUGUGUUUGCACAGCUAUCUUGGACUCAUUUAUUUCCUUCUUCCUGCUCCUUGAACUCUUAGUCAGGAUUGAAACAAUACCAUGUGACUUAGGUGACCAAUCACAUUUCAGAUAGGGAAUAAUCAAAGGCAUAGUAGAAUAGAAUAGCUUCCCAGCACCGCAUAAACUGGAGUUAGGGUGACCAGAUGUCCUGAUUUUUAUAGGGACAGUCCUGAUUUUGGGGUCUUUUUCUUAUAUAGGCUCCUAUUACCCCCCAUCCCCUGUCCUGAUUUUUCACACUUGCUGUCUGGUCACCGUAACUGGAGUGGAUUUGUGUAAUGAGUUUGAAAGCUUCAGAUUGCAAACGGACUUGUAAAAAUCAGUCCAUUGAGCAAAAAUGGACAAUGUUUUUUUUUAAACAGAUUCUGUUCUAAAUAGCUCACUCUGCUACAGUCACAACUAAGGGUCUGUCUGACCAGUAGAAGUUGCACAUGGGCUAGCUGAAUCCAACUACUCAAGACAGCACUGUGCAGGGUUCAGUGCUGGCUAGCAAGCCAGUUAUGUACCCAGGGUCCAUACUGGGCUUGCGCUCCCCUGAGCUGCAGCUUGUACCGUGCUGUGUUCACCGCUGCAGUUACCUGUGCUAGCUGGCUUAAAGCUAGCUCAGGUAGACUAGCCCAUGCACGGCUUUUGCUGUGUAGACAGACCCUAAAUCACUGAUCCUUUUCUUCCCAGCACCUGUCUUUGUAAUGGGAGGGGCUUACGAGGUUCAGAAAGCAGGGAGACACUUGAAGUGGAAAAACUCACCAAGUGUCAGUGUAAUGGACUCUGGUCCCUGCUCACUACUGGCCUCUUGUGGUCAGUGGUGGUGGUGUAAGAUCCUCCAUCUUAAUCCCUCCUUCCUAGGGCUUCCUGUACAUUCAAACAGGCUUUGUAUGGCAAAACAGCCCUUUUUUCAAUAGAAAAUCCCCCAAAUAAGGAAAAACCCGUCAGGCCCCUGGUCCCAUUCUUGCUCCUUCUUAAAACGGCCAGUCAUCCAGACACAGAACAACCCAAUCAAGGGUGUUUCUCACACUCCUCGGUCUCUGACAGUCUGAACUGUGGGGUUGUUUUUCCCUGGGGUCUGGAGGCAGACCAAGGGAUUUGGCCACAUUCAAGGAGCUAUGGUAAUGGGUGAUUUUGCUGUACAUCCUGACUCAAGGGGUUUGAAUGAGCGGGAGAAAGCAGAAGGAUUAUAGGUACUAUAGUCUUUAGUCACUACAGCUGUAAGUACAGCAACCAUCGUAUUCGUUACCAAAAUGAUGUGGAACUGAUUGAGAGGUGUGUGAACUUGCUCCCUGGGACAGUACAGCAUUAUUGUAAAAUCUGUCUGCCUUUUGCUCUCCUUACUUAACCACUGGAGAUCAAAAACUACACAAGUCUGUGAUCUGGGAGUUGCUACCAGGUCCUGCCAGAAAACUACGGCUGGUCAGACAGAGCAAUGACUGUUGGGGGCUGAGACCUCAUGCCCUGCUGGGGGCUAGAAACAUACAGUGCAUCCAUAGCAUAUUUCCUGCCCUGACAAAUCACCAGAAAACAGACCUUAAAAUCUUGUCCUUCUGAUUACCAUCUUGUGGCCCACCCACUUCAGUUCUGACCUGGUUUGUGUGUAUGCUCUCCUGAACUUAGAGCUAUAAAGUAAUGUUUUCUACUAUCUGGAAGCAGCAGGCAAUUCCAUCUUUCAGAUGGCGUGUAAAGCAUUAAUCUUUAUGGGGGUUCAUGAGCAGCUACUAAACAUCCAGCCAGAAUUGAAGUUUAGAGGAGGGGAAAGCAAGAUGAUAAUUUGUAUGUCAUGAUUUUAAAUGUACGCUGUCAAGUUAAAUCACACUUCAGUCUGACAGUUUUUACCUCCUCUUGUUAUAGGUGAUGCCUAAGAUUGCUAGCACUUGGAGAUAAAUAAUUAUUCUUAAACUUUUUUUCCCCUGUUUAUUUACUCUGCAUAUUGAGCAAUAUCUUAGUCAGGUUUCAAUAUUUCUUCUCUGUCACUUAGUCAGUUCCCGUGUACGUUUGAGUCGUCAGUGUGUUAAAGGGAGAAAUGUCUUGGAAAAAUAGGAAAAUGUGCCUGUAAAACUGCAAAAGUUGGCAGGAGUGCUCAGGAGACAUGUAGACUAGAAACUGCUUUUAAUGGUAAUUAACUAGAUUUCAAGCUGUUUCCCCUUGAAGUGUGUUUCACUGAACAUACUAAAACCAUGUUCAGUGUUUAAAAUAUUUUUAUGUAUUUAAAAAGAAAACUCAGUAGUUUCACAGAAGAGGUGGAAGUGAGUUUAAUCUCCAGCUGGUUUUCUGUCUCCCAGCAAAGUCUGAGCAUGUCUGAGUCCCAGGCUGCUGAAGACAAACUGUUUCUCUUUCUGUGUUUAAAAUAGACAACUCCCUUCAUGGGGCCUAGGGAGGUCCUUGGUAAUGAGCUUAGCACUCAGAUGUCCUCUCUGACUUCCUGGGAGAAGGAACUGCAGCAAGGAGACAAAAUUCUAAAUGUGUCACCUUUUGAGAUGUUCUGCAGAACCAACUCAGGAUAGCAAACGUAUUGCAAAUAACUUCAGUGCUUUGGUGAUACCUGUAUUUCUAGGUCCAGUAUCUUAUAACCUGCUACUUCUGGAAAUAUGGGCAGGAGCAGAACAAAUGCUGUCAGGACCAGAAACUCCACCCCCCGUCUCCCUCAGCAUGGUUCCUGGAUCAGUGAUCAGAAUAAAACAUACUCUGUUCCUACUCAGUGUCCAUUUCAACUAAGGUUUGCCACUGAAUGAAAGUAUCACAGAGCAGCUCCAGAUUUGGUGGCUCCCCACAACUACGUAGCUAGCUUAAUAGCAUACAAGACAGCUUAGCUUUCACUGACAAGCUGAUCUUUGCCUGGCCUUAUUAAAAAGGACAAAUCUAGAAGUAAACAGGAGUUUCAGACGUGUAAAUGUUGGAGGUCCCUUUCAUUAUGGGGGACACACCUGCCUGGUGCUACCUUGUGAAAAGCAAUCAUGACGGUGCAAAAUGUUUUAAACAGGUUAAAGAUUUUUUUGAAAGUAUUUCAUUUUAUGUCCCCAAUCCUGAUUUCAAUAUCAGCCCUUCUCUUCCUUCCCAAGUCCCUUGCUGGUAGCUAGCUUGAAAUGUAAAUAGGCUGCGAGCUGCUUCCCAUCCAUUUUGAAGCAGAUACAUCUAUAUAGAAUGUUCUCAUCCUGAAUCUAUCUAUGAAUCUAUUCCACUUCACCUAGAAGGCCUGAUCCUUGGAGAUGCCAAGAGCACUCCUCUCCCAUCGAAACCAGGAAGAGCUAAGGUUGCUAAAUAUCUUGUAGGAAGCAUCACUGGAUUGAGGCCCAUAAGGGAGAGAUGCUACCAAAGAGCCCUGCUAGCUCCAGUAACCUGUGGCAAAAUCCUUUGCUGUUUUCUUACCAAGAUGAAGUGCUGCAGUGCAUUGCAUGCAGAUAGCACUUCCUGAUCCGCUCUUACCGCAUAGGAAGGAUGUCCAUCUGUGAGUUGUCUGUCAAGCAAAGGAUUAAUUGUGCUCUUAACUAGAUUAGUCACCUGUAUGGGAGUUAUCAGGGCAGUAACCUAGGGAGAGGAUGGGCUCUGGAGCGUUGCAACAGAUGCCCAAAAGAAAAAAAAAAACAGAUGACAUUAUGGGAUUUCAGAUUUGUUGGUUUCAAUGGACAACUACUUCGGUGCUAAGAUUUUAAUUUUAGGGGCUCAGUUUUUCCACUAGGGUCUCAUUUAUUCGCAACUGCAUGGAUUUGCUCAUGCAAAUAGACUGGCUGUGCUUGAGCAAAUAAAUACUGCCGACAUCAUUAGAGGAGGCCUGCUGAAAAGAUGUGGCCCAUGUGAAGUUCUGUCCUUUAGCCAAGCAGCGUUUACAGCCCCUGAGGAGCCUUUAUAUCAUGAGGAGUAUAAGUCACUGACUGUUGAGUGUGUGUUUAGAACAAUUAUGCAACCAGUUGCUAGGUUAUUCCUUUAAAUCACCAGCUUCUCCAUAAUUGCAUCUUUUCCUAGAGAUGAUUUCCUAUUAAUCUGUGUGUAAAAUUACUGAUCAGUGUCAAGGAAAUCCCACCUUCUUGUUUCAGAGUAGCAGCCAUGUUAGUCUGUAUCUGCAAAAAAAACCAGGAGUACUUGUGGCACCUUAGAGACUAACAAAUUUAUCAGAGCAUAAGCUUUCGUGGGCUACAGCUCGCUUCAUCGGAUGCAUUGAAUGGAACAUAUAGUAAGAAGAUUAUAUAUAAUACACACAUACAGAGAAGGUGGAAUUUUCCAUACAAACUGUAAGAGGCUAAUUAAUUAAGAUGAGCUAUUAUCAGCAGGAGAAAAAAACUUUUGUAGUGAUAAUCAAGAUGGCCCAUUUAGACAGUUGACAAGAAAGUGCGAGGAUACUUAACAUGUGGAAAUAGAUUCAAUAUGUGUAAUGACCCAGCCACUCCCAGUCUCUAUUCAAACCCAAGUUAAUGGUAUCUAGUUUGCAUAUUAAUUCAAGCUCAGCAGUUUCUUGUUGGAGUCUGUUUUUGAAGCUUUUCUGUUGCAGAAUUGUUACCCUUAAGUCUUUUACUGAGUAGCCAGAGAGGUUGAAGUGUUCUCUUACCAGUUUUUGAAUGUUAUGAUUCCUGAUGUGAGAUUUGUGUCCAUUUAUUCUUUUGCGUAGAGACUGUCCAGUUUGGCCAAUAUACAUGGCAGAGGGGCAUUGCUGGCACAUGGUGGCUUAUGGCUUUCUGUGAUCAUCCUUGCCGCUAAUGAGGGUUGUACAUGUUGGGAAUUUCCUUCCGGAUCUAUAGAUGGGGAUGCCCUUUUUUAUCCCAUUUUCCUGUGCUGGUUCAGCUACCCACAUCAGUGCUGCGCAAUCUCAUGGACUUGUUCGGUGACCGCUGCUUUUUCAACCUAAAGUUGAAACUUUUUUUAGAAAGCAAAACCUUAGAUUCCUGAAUAAAUGGAAAUAUCCACAGACGGCUCAAACUCCACGUAGUCCGCAGACUUGCUGCACAUAGGAGUUAUUUUGUCCUCCUAGUCCCAGGGCUUUUCAGGCAGCCUUCCCAAUAUCAUCUUAGGGCUUGGAGUUAGCUAAAGCAAGUUUCACUGGCCAUCCCUGUGGCUUUAGAAGAGCGUCAGCAGUUAGUUGUCUUAGGCCAAAGGGGGCCCUGACUAAUUUCAAUUUUUAAUUAAUUGACUGCCCACACCUACUCUUCAUGAAAAUUUCUCCUCCUGGGAACGACACAGAAUGUUUUGGAUUGCAUGUGAUCUUUGGCCCUUAUGUGUGGCCUACUUCACAGUGGGAAAAUGAUCCUCUUCUGGCUUAUUUCACGAGGCCAGGAAAAAUAUUGCAGUGUUUAAAAGGUACGUGUAAGUUCGUACUGAACAAGGGCUAAGCACUAGCUGUAGGAUCAUACUCUUUCAGAGCAGUAUUUUUUUAAUCAGUUAGUGUUUACCUUCGUUAUAAUAAAAACAAAUAAUUAAAUAAUAAAUUAGAGGCAAUUAGGAUAGACUUGCAUUUCUUUCCCUACAACAUCAGAAUAUCGAACCCCAUGACAUUCUCAGCAAGAAUCUAGCCUGGCCCUCAGGGGCUCAUAGCAGAGAGAAACUAAUUUUCUCCUUUUGUUCUCCCAAGCCCAUCCAAUUAAGACUAAAAAGAUCAGAUUCCUCUGUAUAUUCUUAAAUUCUACUGUUGCUUUUUGAUACAAUUAGGUGUGGGGUAGGACCUCAACCAAAGAAUUAGUGUUGCCUCUUCCUUGUCACUGUGGCUUGAGAACAUCCUGAUUGUUACAAAAAUUUAAAAAAUUAAAAAUCAAAAGUGAACAACAAAACAGGACUCCUGAUAAGGAGCUCUUUGAUGAGAGAGCAGCUGUCACUAAUUCCUUGCCCUCAUUGUAGCUUUUCUCUCAUCUUUGUCAUGGCGUGCUAUAUUUUUACACUACACAUACCAGGGGUCGUAGUCUUGUACUCAAAAGCUCUUGUUACUAUUAGGGUUGAGUAUUAAUGGUCAUGAAAUGACUAGCACUUUUAAGAGAUCAUCUGACAGAAUUGUGGUGCCUUUGCUUUAAGAUUUCUUUUGGUUGCCGGCCAAAACAGAUGCAAGUUUGUUGGGAGGAGGGGUGGGUUGGAGGACCAGGCAGGGCUGGGUUAUGAAACUUAGUAAGUCCCAUGCUCUGUGGGUCUGCAGCCAAGUACAAAAAAAAUCCCCACUUUUCAGCUCAGUUCCUUUUGCUCCUGUAUUAGCAAAUUCAGGGCAAUAACUGGGAGGUCUCAAGUUAUCAACAGUAAGCUAGUGAAAGAGCUAAUUUCCUAGUACUUUUGAUUUAAAUAUAUCAUCCAGAUUGUGCUACAGUUCCCUGGGAGCAGGAGCACUUUGCUGGUCUCAUUCCAAGAGGCAAUUUAGUGUAGAUCCUCGGACUAGAGAACUGCAUGGCGAGAGAGCUGUGGGUUUUGUGGGUUAAUCUCUGUGAUUGUGGAACUCCGUCCGCAUGGAGGAGCCUAUUUUGUAACUGAUUUUUCUCAAAGAUUCGCCGUCUCCUUGGGAGAGGAGGGGAGAAUGGAGUUCGCUUUUGUGUUAUAAAACCAGGUGGGCCUCUUACCCAGUUUAAUAGACGGGGUAGAUAAAGUACACAGGAGUCCUGUGACUUGGUUAGAGGACACAGUGAGCCCAGGAUGCUCCUGAAUCCUCUAGUCCCAUGCUGUAACCACUAGUCAGUGUGACUUUCCACUUUGCUGGGGGUACUGUUAACCACCCCGUUAAGCAGGUGCUUGAUUCCUGCUCUGAGCUAAUUACUGUCAUCCACCCCCAAUCCAGAGUUCUUAAAUCACCCUGCCACCCCCACUCCAUGACCUGAACGACGACAUACUUUUUUUCUUUUAAGCUUUUCUCCAGCAGGAGACCUAGGAUUAACGUUUCUGCUCUAAACAUACGUUUUCUACUUACGAGAAGCGGCACCAGGAGACCUCAGGAUAGGAGAGUCCUGAGGCAGCAUGGGUAGUUAUGUGAAGCGUUUCCUUUUUCCACCCAUAAUCCAUUGUUUACCCAAAUGAAAUGUAAGGAACUCUCUAAGCCAACCCACCCCACCCCACAUGUGUGUUUCUUACACAUUAGACACAAGGCUCAGACUCCUUCUGACAGUCUGGCCUAGCUUCAGAUAAGAAACAUUAACGAGAGCCACCUGGAACUUCAACAUCAAACGUUCUGGGCUCUGUUCUGAAUCUAGAAUUCUGUGGCUUUAGAGCAGGUUCUGCAUUUGUCAGAACAAGUUCUCCUUUGCUCCACUCAAACCAUUGUCCACUCAUACAGCCCGUGAAUCUAUAUCCCCUCAAUUCCCAGGCAUCUGGAUAAAAGGAUAGCCUGAGAGGUGGGGGUGGGGGUGGGGGUGUUCCUUUUACAGCCCAUAUUGACAAAGCAGGAGUGAGGUAAUAUUUUUUUUAUUGGACCAACAUCUGUUGGUGAGAAAGACAAGCUUUCAGGUGACACAGAACUCUUCUUCAGGUCUGGGGUAUCUCUCACCAACAGAAGUUGGUCCAAUAAAAGACAUUACCUCACCCACCUUGUCUCUCUAAUGUCCUAGGACCGACCCAGCUACAACUACACUGUGUACAAAGGUUUGAUUAAGCAGGCCUGGCAUUGGACUUACCUGAGAGAUUUGCUUACUGGGCUGCAGGCUGGACAACAAUCCCCUUGAAACUUAAUCCUAUAGCAUUACCUAGUGCACCUUGGUUGCAGCCGCAGUUAUGUGCGACACAAAUGAAGAGGUCCUUGAUUUUGCAUUGUGUCUGAUUGGUUAAUUUCUAGCCCCAGCUGUAGAGGUAUACGGUGCUUCUGUUUCAGAGACAGACUGAAUACACAAUUCAGCGGUGUCAGUCUGAAGUUUCAUUGAGGUUUGGAGCUCUGGUGGCUCUAAAUCCACAUUUCCAGUUGGGACCUUGAUGCCCUGGUGGUAGCUGCCAGACUGUUUCUGGCUGCUGCUUUGGUGCCCUCUACUGGAAGCUGUCACACAGUACAGGCUGAGGCCUUGGAAAGCUGACCCCUUAUAGUUUCAAGUGACAGCUGGUUACAUGAAUUUCACUUUGAUUCUAGUCUCCUUAGUCAAGGCUAUGCCCUGGGCACUUCUGGUUUGGAGCAGAGCUGAGGCACCUUCGUUCAGGUGUCUUGAUUUCCAGUUUUGGUGCUAUUUCUGAAACAUAGGAGGGCUUUGCAUACCAGAAACCUUGAUUUCUCUCCCCCCACCCCCUUGCCUCAAGCACCCAGGUGGGAUGUUGUAGAGCAACAAGGAGAGAGAGGUCGUUGCCCUAUUUGAAUGAAAUCCGCUCUUCCUCCUAAAGCCAGUCUCCAUCUGGGCAUUUUAUACCAUGCUCAUCACCCUUUUUUUAUCUGAUCUUUGAGAUACUUCUCCACUGAUUUUUAAAGGUGCUAAUGACUUGGAAGGGUCCAGAGAUGCUGUUGUCUGUGCCCCAUGGAAUCUAGCACAAACACAACCAUGGUGCUGUAAUGAGAAGCUGCCUUUGUUCAGCUGGGUUUGUCCCCCGUUAGCCCUUUUCUCUUAUUUAGCAUUGUGUGCUGUAUACAUCUGACUGUGCUGUAUACUGAAGGACUGAAUCAUUAUCAUCGUGUUAAAAAGUCCCAUACCGGGAGUGCUGUAGAGUUCUGUAACACCAUACAUUCUGCAUUUGUUGUGCUGUAUUGCUUUUAUUUAGGGAGGGGGUAGGGGACAUGGGAGAAGGCGCUGUGGAUGCUUUCGGCAUGGGGCAGUUUCCCAGCACACCCUGGAUCCAUUAGCGGCCGCAGCUGCACAAAGCCAGCACCUUCUGUCUUGAGGGAGACUGUUACAAUAGCAGAAAGGAGUUAAGGGAAGGGUAUGUUGUAGGUAGCCAUAGGUUGUCUUAGCCAUAUUCCACCUAAGGCAUGGGGAGGGGAAUUUAUCUCACACCUGGCAUGGUCUAUUACAAGUGGUACCUGACCAAGAUAAGGGCUGGAUGCUUGUUAGCUUUUCUCUGGAACUCCAGGCUGAUGCCAAUAGUGGAUCUGGUUUUCGUUGCACUGAGGUUUCUUAUGCAGCCAGGCAGGGAGCCGCACUCUGACCCCAAACUCAGCCCUGGUCUACACUACAGAGUUCGGCUGACGUAAGGCAGCUUACAUCGACCUGAUGACGACUUAAUAACUCCACUUCUGUGAGCAGCGUAGCGCUUAGAUCGAUGCAGAGUCAGUGUAGACAUUGUGUUGCUUCCAUCGGCUGUUGCUGCCUUGCACAAGCCCUCCCACGACGCCCCACGCUGACUGUUAAAUCGGUGCAAGCGCUCCUGGUAAGGAUGCACACUGCUGACACAAGCAGCGUAGUGUGGAUGUGCAAAAGCAGUUUAAUUACUGCGGUUGCUGUAAGUUGAAGUACCUUAGGAUGACUUAAUUUUGUAGUGUAGACUUGCCCUUGGCAACUUUCAAUCCUAAUGGAUUGGGGAAGGAAUCACUUAAUGAGUAAUGGGAAGUAAAGAUCCACCUGCCCCUCAAGCUCCCGGACCUGUUAAUCUCUCCCUUCCUGUGGGACAUUAUGAGACCACCACUUGCUGCUUUUGCCAUUUGCCACACAGUACUGAGCUGCUGAAGUAACUCCAUGAUACUUGGCAGUCACAAGAAGCCUUUGCUGUUUGGUUGGUUGGUUUUUAAGGGGCUAAGUCAGUUGACAGAGGUUGGCCGGAGUGGAGAAAAUCCACUUGUGGGUUAAAAUGGGGUGUUAAUUUUUAACUUGUUGAGAGAUGGGGGCCCAGCCGCAAGGUUUUAUGGAUAUGGAAACCUGGAGGGGUGUGGGUUUGGCCCACUGGAGAUCAGGGUAACCCAGAUCCCUCCGCGUUCUAGACUGCCCAGAGCCAGAGUUUUCAUUGGAGCUUAACGAACUGAGGGACCUACAGCCUCUGAAAUAACAUGGUAGCGAUUUCACCUUUAAAUCUGCUCCACUAGCUUUGCUCUAAAAUUCAGUCAGUCUUAAAAAGUUUCACAUAAAUGAGGCCACCCUGACCUCUGCUCCCCUCUCUCUUCUAAAGCAGAUGGAAGGAGUGUUUUAGCCCAGGCCAAAGCUGCUCCCUUGCCUUGGAAGAGAGAACAGAUUAUUCUUGGCUCCUCCAAAGCAAGGGCAGCCCAUCCAGUAGCCUUGAUUCUCAUUAGCAACCCCUGGGGAUUCAGGAGGACGGGUGUCGCAUGCAGGGCCUGCAAGACAGGUGACCUCUCCCUUCCGUCACUGGGCUAGAGGCAUAAUGAAAGGAGUGACCUUUGUCCACGGGCUCCUGCCAGUUGUCCCUGGUGCUCUCUGGGAGCAGGACGGCGGCUCUUUGACACACGGCUCUCCAGGUCGAACAAGGUCUUGCUCUCUGUCCCACACCUCACAGCAGCAGCCCAAGGAACCAGGUCCCGGGAUUUGCCUUCCCACAGCAAAAAACAAAACAAAACCCCAACAGUCUUCGUUUGUAUGGGACUGCAGUAGUGCAAGAAUCCACCUGACACCUUUCCUUCAACCAAUAGCUGGCUGUUUUAUAUGGAGAGCUUUUACGAUCAAUAAUGGAAGAAAAUAAAAAAACCCACAAAAAUAAAUCUCUGAAAAGCUUAACCACACGAGUGUAGUAUCUCUAUAAAAGAAAAUACCUAUGUAUGAAUAUAUAUAGAAAUAUAUCGACAUAUAUCAACUUUCCUGAAUGGAUGCACAAUUCCUUAUGCAAUGAAAUUGUUUUUAGAUGUAUCCAAACCUGGACUCCCUGACCCUCCCUCCCUGCUACAGGUUUGUUGUACAAUUCUUGACUUGCUCUGCCUUUCGCAACAAAAUGAGAGGAGGUGCAGGCAGGUCACACUAGCAAAUAAAAAAUGUUCUUCACCUAAGUGCUCCUGUGAGCAGGUCCUCACAAUUUCGCAUUAGCCUGUGCCAUGGAUUCCUGUUGACCUUUGUGUCCGCAGGGGCGGAGGAGAGUCGUGGCACAGCCCUGUGUUGUAUUUUGCUGUUUAAAAACAAAAUCCUGGCACUUAUCAAUUUGUUCCUUCAGCCACUGUUCUUACCAAACAUAUAAUGUGCCUUUUAUUUAUGCUGCAAAUAUAACAUUAAAAUAUUAACAAGGAUAAA